AUGGAAAAACUACCACUCCACUCAAAGGAGGCAGAGCCAGGCCAUGUGCCAACAUUGGGGUCUUCACAGGGCCGAGUGCGGCCCAGCAGAACCACCCUCCUGCGCCGCAGCUUGAUAGCCAUAUGCUUCUUGGUCGGCUGCUACCUGGUCCUCAAGCCGGCCGAAACCAAAUGCUACUCACCCAAAUGUGUCCCUUAUGAUGGGUAUAAUAGUGAGGGCCCAGAUACCAUGAGCAAGAUCCAUGUCCCUGGCGAGUCGGAUCCCAUCGGGAGUAAGAAUACCCCAGAAACAAAGAUUUCGGCGGUUCCUAGUGCCCCGGCAAAGCUGGCACAAACGAGGGUUCCUCUGGAAGCCCAUCUCAUGAGCAAAUGCCCGGAUGCACAAGAAUGUUUGCAGGAGCUGGUUCUGCCGGCCAUGGAGCAGAUCAGCGACAUGGUGGACUUCCAACUAUCCUUUAUCGCUAGUGUCUCCAAAAAAUCCCAUGAAAUCGAGUGCAAGCAUGGCCCGGCCGAGUGUGUCGGCGAUAUGCUCAUUCUCUGUGCCGCGAAUCUCCCAUUUCCUCCCACGGCUGAUGACUCGCUUCUGCCCUCGCAAUACCCUCGGACUCCCGUUAUCCGAUCACUGGGAUUUGCCAACUGCUUGAUCAAUGACUUCCCCCAAAUCCCCGAGCGUGAAUAUGUACGCCAGUGCGCCUUGGAACACGGAAUAGACUUCGAUGCACUGAAUCGAUGUGCCAGCCAGCAGGACGAUGACCCUAAUGGAGGAGAGAAACCACCUCUGAGUGGACUUGCCCUCCUCCGGGAGAAUGCCCUGCGUGGCGAGAAACUGGGUGUGAAGAUCAGCUGUACGGUUCGCUUGGAUGAGACUGUCUGGUGUGUCCGUGACGGCGGGGAAUGGACAGACUGUGCCAAGGAUGGGGAGGGCAGCAAGCCCUUGGUGCUCAUCGACGAGGUCAAAAAGCUUUGGAAAGAGAGGAAUUAA